AUGUUCAACCGCGAUCGACUUCCAGGCCUUCCUGGUAGCUCCCCUCGGCCACCGCCUCGUAACGACGGUUACGGACGCCCACCUCCGCAACAGCAACCACCACAAGGACCUCCGCGAGGCCAAGACACAAGAAUGGCGGGAUAUGAUGACCGGCCGCAACAACAGCGCAUGCCCGCAAGGGGACCACCAGGGGGCGGUGGAGGCGGCGGGCCUCCACGACAACUGCGGCCCAUCAAGAGCCCAGGAGGCAACGCCUACGCAUUUGGCAACAUCGUCGCAGUUUCCCCUCAAGACUUCCCACCAAACGCCGACGGCUCCGAUAUCUACAUCAUUGUUAACGGGAACUACGCACUCUCCGCACGACCAACACAAGGAUGCAACCCGGGCGAGAUCGGUCUCACUGAUUUCCAGCGAACAUGGGCCGGCAUAUCGCUUGGUCCCCAGGAGGUUGUGAACGCAGCACCAUACGAUCACUUCGCGUACAGCGGCGGAAAGUCAUACUUGGGCGCAGUGGACGUGGAAGUCGGAUUCGCGGGAAGGAAGACCACGGAGACACCUUACGAUCAGGACGAGCUCGCUACCGUCUUCAAGAAGAGUUUCGAGAACCAAAUCCUUUCGCCAGGCCAGCAGCUUGUGAUCGACAUCAAGAACAUACCACUCAAGUUAUCGAUACGAACUGUGACGCUAGCGGAUUUGUCUAUGGAGAAAGAUGAGGCCAACGCGCCUGCGAUUACCGAUCCUCGAGCUCGUGGCAUCCUCACAAGACACACUCAGGUCGACUUCUUCAAGGAUGCCAAGACAGACAUCAAGUUAAAGGCGUCAGCGCGACGGGCAGCGGCAAACUCUAUUAUUCAGCCAGGCUUCAAGUUUGAAGACAUGGGUAUUGGUGGUUUGGAUGCUGAGUUCGGUGCCAUCUUUCGACGAGCUUUCGCCUCCCGUAUCUUCCCUCCGGGUAUUCGGGAGAGGCUGGGUAUCGAUCACGUCCGCGGUAUGCUUCUGUACGGUCCUCCCGGUACUGGUAAAACCUUGAUAGCUCGGCAAAUCGGAAAGAUGCUGAAUGCCAGGGAGCCCAAGGUUAUCAACGGUCCGGAGGUGUUGAACAAGUACGUUGGAGCGUCCGAAGAGAACAUCCGAAAGAUGUUCGCAGACGCAGAGAAAGAACAAAAAGAGAAGGGCGACGAAAGUGGUCUACAUAUCAUCAUCUUCGACGAGCUUGACGCCGUGUGCAAGCAAAGAGGUUCUGGCGCGGGUAGUGGUACUGGCGUAGGCGACAGCGUUGUCAACCAGCUGCUGUCCAAGCUCGAUGGUGUUGACCAGCUACACAACAUCCUCCUCAUCGGUAUGACGAACCGAAUGGACAUGAUCGACGAGGCUCUUCUGCGUCCCGGUCGUCUCGAAGUGCAUCUGGAGAUUUCGCUGCCCGAUGAGUCCGGCCGAGCCCAGAUUCUCAAGAUUCACACAACAAAGAUGCGCAAGAACAACGUCCUUGAGCAAGACGUCAGCGUCGAAGAGCUGGCUAAGCUGACCAAGAACUUCUCUGGAGCUGAGCUCAACGGUCUGGUCAAGGCCGCCACGUCGUACGCAUUUGGCCGGCAUAUUAAGGAUGGCACUACUGUCAAAGCAGACGUGGAAGAUAUCAAGGUCAUGCGACAAGACUUCUUGAGCGCACUCGACGACGUUAAGCCGCUCUUUGGUGUCGCUGAAGAGGAACUCAGCAAGCGAUUCCGUCACGGUAUCAUCCAUUACUCGCCCUUCAUCAGGGAUAUACUGGAGGAUGGUCGUCUAUACAUCAACCAGGUCAGAAAACCGGAAUCGAGUCCGCUCCUCUCAGUUGCGCUCCACGGUCCCCCAGGUUCCGGAAAGACAGCGCUGGCUGCGAAAAUGGCAAUCGACUCAGGUUACCCAUUCAUCAAGCUGAUCUCCGCUGAAGAUAUGAUCGGCUACAGUGAAAUGCAAAAGGUUCAACAGCUGGAUAAAGUUUUCCGAGACGCGUACAAGAGUCCGUUGAGCGUCAUUGUCAUCGACUCGAUCGAGCUCUUACUGGACUGGGUGCCGAUUGGCCCUAGGUUCAGUAACACCGUUUUGGCUGCCCUGAAGGUCCUGCUUGCCAAGGAGCCACCAAAGGAUCGUCGCCUACUCAUCUUCGCGACAACGACCGAACGCUCGGUACUCACGCAGCUCGAUCUCUUCGCCCGAUUCGACGCCGAGAUCGCCGUCCCGAACGUCAACACACAAUCCGAGCUGGCAGCCGUCCUGCGGGAAUCCGGUGCCUUCUCCGAUUCCGACCAACAGCGCGCCAUCAGUGAGAUCCAGGAGAUGACAGGUAACACCGAAAUUGGGGUUGGUAUCAAGAAGAUCCUCACCGGUAUCGAGACGGCGAAACAGGACCAGGAUGUACCUGGCCGCUUCGCUCGCGUCAUGUCUCGUGCUAUUGCUGCGAACCGAGGGUCGAUAUAG